GCUACCAUUACUAUGCUGGGAGUGUGUCUGCUGGGAGCAGGGAGCCAUUAGCGGAGAGACUGUCCGAACCGCGGGAGAGGGACAGCCUGCCCGACGUCAACACCAAGAAAAUAGUUUCACCAUAUCUUUUUCUCAAAACCAUUGACAACUGCGUGAUCAUGAACAAAGAUAAGAAUCAGACAUCUGAGAGGAUCUUGAAUCUUACGCUUGAGAUCAUCUACCUGCUGACAGGAGAGGAUUAUAUGAUUGUGAAAAAGCCUGGUGAACGUGGUGCACAAAGAAUGCCUCAUGUAUCUGACGGAUUUUGUGGCACCCUGAGCAUUAGCACUGUGACCUCACCUCACUCCGUGAUACAGGAGCGGAACAAUGACCACAAAAUACUGGAGUUGACCAGCAAGAUUAUUCACCCACUAACUGGAGAUCUGAGCACUGCUGGGAACGGACCAGUAUACACCAAUGGAUGUAGUUCAUCAAGAUUGGCAAAAUAUCUAGGAGGACACCAGGAUCUUUAUAAAGAUGCAAUGAUGGAGAAUCCACAGCCAAUCGGCUUACUCGAUUGUGUAAAUGAAGAUAGAAGUGAUCUGAAAAGUAAUCCAGGAACAAAAUACUUGAUUGAUAAACCACAAAAGCGACCGUCUGGAACAGUCCAAAAUGUAGGCCUAUGUGUCAGCACAUGUGAAGAAGAAAAUCUUACAGGCCCUGACAUUUAUUCAGGCACAGAACAUCCACAGACAGAGUAUACACCUACACCUAUUAAGGAGGAAUCGGCAUCAUGUGCAGAAAGAAACCUCACAGACACUACUACAAUUUAUACUCCUACAGAGACAGACUAUUCAUCUACUCGCAUUAAAGAGGAGUUGGUCUCAUUUGAAACUGUAAAUAUUGUAGAACCUAACAUUUAUACACCCACUGAAUAUGCACUUCCAGAAUAUACAUGUCCCUCUCGCGUUAAGGAGGAAUCUGCACCAUCUCGACAAGAAAAUCUCACUGACACUAACCUUUAUACAGCCACAGAACAUGCUCAGGUAGCAUAUUUGGUUAAGAUGAAAGAACAUAAGAAAGGGAACGGUAGCAUACAGAGACUGCAUAAUAGAUUGGCUGUUAUGAAGUGUAAUGAGUGUGGAAAACACUUUCAUAGAAUCACAGCUUUCAUAGCUCACCAGCGAACGCACAGCACGCCAAGGAUGUAUAGCUGUGUAGAGUGUCAGAAAUCCUUUACUAGUAAUGCAAACCUUGUCAAACAUCAGACCACUCACAUCAUCAAAAAGUUGUCUUGCUCGUACUGCGGCAAGUAUUUCUCUUACAAAUCAAAGCUUGUUACACAUCAGCGGAUCCACACGGGGGAGAAGCCGUUCUCAUGCUCGGAAUGCGGAAAACGUUUCACUGAUAAGUCAAGUCUCGUCCAACAUAAAAGGAUUCACACUGGAGAGAAACCAUUCACGUGUUCUGAAUGUGGGAAAGCAUUUACACAAAGUUCACAGCUUGUUAGGCAUCAGCGAACUCACGUGUAAGAUAACACAAAGUUCUGGUGUUAGGUGGUUUACUAAAGAAGAGAAGGAAAUUAUUCUUGUGUUUUUAAUUUUUCUAGGUCACUUUGAAUUCAUGCAAGAGGAAAUAAAAGCAUUGUGUUUUAUAUUUGGACAAUUCUUAUCGUGAUGUAGCAUCAGAUGUGUGAAGCAUUUUACACACUGUACAUAUUUUCCUGAACACUAGGUGAUUCACACAAGAUAAUAAAACAUUUUUUACUUAA